GUGGGCGGCUGGCCCGCCGUCGUGGAGAUGCGCGAGCUGGGCGUACCCCACUCGGCCACCAUCCCUGCCCUGCAGUUCUGGAACUCGGAGUUCCGCAACAAGCAGCCCGCCUUCAUCCGGUUCAACUUCACGAUUCCGUGGGGCGCCAACUUCGCCGUGUACGGGCGGCGCAACGUGGGCCCCAGCGUGACGCAGCACGACUUCGUCGAGUUCAUCAAGGCCGGCCGCCUGGACCACCGCGCGCGCCGCUCCCUGGACCACGUGGCGGCCUUCGUGUCGUCGCACUCCUACUACGGCGACCACGAGUACCCUGACGACGACGACGUGGCCGAGGACGUGGACCUGAACGCCGUCAGCUUCAUGGCGCCGCCGUUCAACGACUCGAAGGCGCGCCACGUGUGGACCAUGGACCAAGCCAGGAACAGCCAAGCCACGCCACCGCCUCCACCGCCGCCACCACCGAUGCGCCGCCGCCGCGGCGUGGUGGCCGGACUACCCCUCGGCGCCGACCCCAUGACGGCCACCUCGACCUCCUCCGUGGCGGGCGGCAUGGGCCGCUCCAUGCGCGUCAACGUGUCGCUGCUGCAGUACCUGGACACGGGCCGCUGGUUCCUGUCCGUGUACAACGACGACCUGCGGCCCCAGGAGGUGACGCUCGUGGUGACGGAGGCCGAGGGCGUGUCCACCACCUGCCCCAACGACUGCAGCGGCCACGGAUCCUGCUACCUGGGGAAGUGCGACUGCAUUGACGGCUACGAAGGCAUCGACUGCUCCAAAAGCGUGUGCCCGGUGCUGUGCUCCAACCACGGCAAGUACGGCGGCGGCCUGUGCCACUGCGAGGGCGGCUGGAAGGGCGCCGAGUGCGACGUGCCGGCCAGGGACUGCCAGGUGGCGGACUGCUCCGGCCGCGGCCGCUGCAACGCCGGACGCUGCGAGUGCCAACCCGGAUGGAAGGGGGCCGGCUGCGAGCUCGUGGACUGCGAGGACCCCAACUGCUCGGGCCACGGCUCCUGCGUGGAGGGCCGCUGCUACUGCAAGGCCGGCUGGCAGGGCCCGUCGUGCGGGCUGCUGGACCAGCAGGUGUACCAGUGCCUCCCGGGCUGCUCCGACCACGGCACCUACGACCUGGAGAGCGGCGCCUGCGUGUGCGACGCCUACUGGACCGGACCUGACUGCUCGCAGCCGCUGUGCGGCCUGGACUGCGGCCCCCACGGUGUGUGCGACGAGGGCCGCUGCAAGUGCCGGCCGGGCUGGACGGGGGAACGCUGCGACCAGCUGCCCUGCGACACGCGCUGCACGGAGCACGGCCAGUGCAAGAACGGCACCUGCGUCUGCAGCCAGGGAUGGAACGGCCGCCACUGCACGCUGCCGGGCUGCCUCAACGGCUGCAACCGCCAGGGCACGUGCAUGCUGGAGGACGGCGAGUACCGCUGCGUGUGCGGCGAGGGCUGGGCCGGCCGCGACUGCGGCAUCCGGCUGGAGACCGAGUGCAACGACAAGAAGGACAACGACAAUGACGGCAUGAUGGACUGCUCGGAUAGCGAGUGCUGCCUGAGCGAGAUCUGCCUGUCCCACAUCAUGUGCCUCUCCUCCAAGAACCCCGUGGAGGUGCUGCUGCGCAAGCAGCCGCCCCUGGUCACGGCGUCCUUCUACCAGCGCGUCAAGUUCCUCAUCGAGGAGAACUCGGUGCAGAGCUAUGCUCACACCGAGAGCUACACCGAAAGUCAAUUCUGGAGCUCAUUUACACCGCGGUAAGUUUCCGAAAGUUGCAUACGAAAUUCGUAUAUACCAGCAAAUUUAAUUACCCUCCAUCCUGAACCAUUCCCGUUUGUUUCUUUGCAUACUUUUAUUUUUCUUUUGCGAUCCUCUCAGCUUUUUCACGUCCCUUUUUGUUUACUUUGGAACAGACUCAUGGCCGAUUUAUAUUUUGGCCUGUCGUUGAAAAACGUCUCAAACAAAAUUUCGCAGUCAUUGAUUUAAAUUUGUUUCGUGCUUUUCCGGUACGUGAAGCUGUCAGCAGGCUUCAGCAUUCCGUCAUUCACGUCAUGUGUGUCCUUUCAAAGUUUUCAUCCUUGGCUUCUUAAAUUUUUGGUUCACAAACCUGCCCCAUAAUCUAAGUUACAUGUCGCUUUACUUGCACUUGCCGUACUGUACUUUCGCCGCUCACAUCGCUGCGCUUGUAUCAUUGUCUUUCUAUGUGUGUUAUUUGUGUGGAUUUAUUUUCGUUCUGGAGUAGUGUUUGUAUUUAGUAUUAUCCGUUAGAUUUUUUUUAUUUUGCUUUACAUGUUGUGCUAUUUUUUAUUUCGUUUCAAACGAAAAGUUCAUUUUAUUUCUAUUGAGUUUUAGUAUUGUUGAAAAUGGCAGCUGUUUGAAACGUUGUAUGUGUUUAUUUUUCUAUGUGUGUUCCUCCUGUGUCUGCGUCUUACGUGUUUCCCACUCCCUCACCCUACCCUGCUUUGUUCCUGUUGUUAUAUGUUUAUGUGUGCCACACCCCGCCCCUCUCCCUCCUCCCUGCCCUCCCCGCUCCUCCUAGUUGGUCGCGGAAAGUUUGCCAACUAAAACCUACGCUGCUUUCCUACUCCGCAUUGUUUGAAAGUGAUAUUGAUUUGAUGGAAGUUAUUGGGAAUAUCGGAAAUGUUGGAGUAGUGUCUCCGCGUUUCUCGAAAUGACGAGAUGAGAAGGUCCACGCUGUGGACUCCGCAGACGGUCGCUACGAGGCUCGCCCGGCUCACCGCCACCUGUAUGAGCCUCGGCAGACUGAUUUGAUAACGUUCCUACUUGUCUCUCUGUGCGUUCGACGUUUUCUGUGUGGUUUUGUGUAACUAGGUCUCGUCCCUUUGCGUUCUCGAGCGGUCCUACUCCAAUUUGACCGUUUUCUCUGACUUGCCAUGGAUUUUUUUAAUACUUUAUUUUUAAGUGUUAUAUUUCUGUUGCUUUUCGUUACGAUAUUAUGCAGUCUUUCUUUCACGAGUCCCGCUGUUGUACCGUUCUGUAACAUGUAGUUUUCUAUGGUAUGGUUGAGGUAUCGGACCGGUAAUGGUGAGCGUGGAUCUAUUAGAUGUUUGACUUUGUACCAAAAAAAAUAGCACGAAAGAAAGGCUGCCAGUAGUCUUUAUCGGUAUCACCAAAGAAGGGAAAAUCAAAACAGAGAAAUACUGCUGAAUAUGUGCAGUCUAGUUUGGUUUUCCUGGGUACACUGCCUCUUGUUUAAUUUCUUGUUAUUUUGCAUCGAGGUAAGUUUGCAUUGUGCCUAGGUAACCGCUAGUUCGUAGCGGUUUGCAUGGGGAAACGGUCAGGCUUUGGGCCCAAUGACUGUUGCAAUUCGAAAGUCACUCGCUCUUUCAGCCCUCAUAAGGGGAAAACCAAGUUGAAUGCUUGAACUCUGUAAGUUGUUGGGAGGUCUUGAAGGCAUCGGCCUCUUGCGCAGUCUCAUUGGGCAUCAAAGCCUCGCCCUAUCCUGGCUUAGCCUGGAGGCGCUGUCAAGCUGCAUAUCUUCUUCUGUCACGUUUGGAGCGCCUUUCCAUCUUGUCAUGUAUAUAUGUGUAGUUAAUUAUUGUGUCCAUGGAAUCGUAAAACUAAUGAAAACAAAACUCGCUGAGCACACAGUGUGCUUCAGAAACGCGCGAAACUAAAACGGAGACGUUUUUAAUCAUACUGUUUCGAAAUUCGAAUGUUUUUUGUUGUUUUCUGAGAGUACUGAGAAAUUUAAGUGCAACUGGUGAACUCCUUCUUGUGCCGUUCCCUUUUUACUGCCAAUGUUGUGUGUGUUGUCCGUCAACUUUUACUCUUUCGGUCGUUCUAAUCUUUGUGAUCGUAUUCAGUAACACUCUUUUGUUUCUGUCCUCACAAGCAUUUGCAGCGGGACAUGCCGGAGUUCACCUCGAUUGCCCUCUUUUCUAAAACGCGCACUCGUAGCCUCCGUUUCGGAACUUGCACCGACCGUCCUAGUCCGUAGCGGC